GACAAAAAGGCUGCUCUGGCAAAGCAGUAUUGCUCUUUUUCUUUAGGGGAGAGAGAGAGAGAGAGAGAGAGCUGUAUGCUUGUUCCUCCUCCUUCGUCCACUCCUCCUCCGCUCUGCUCUGCAUGUGUGUGUGUGUGUGUGUGUGAUUUGCUCUCGCUCGGCGGCUGGUUGGAGCAGCAGCGGCGGUGUUACAGUGGAAGAAGGCUGACAUGCUCAACAACAUAACCGACUGUGAGGAGGGUGAGGGGGGCACCAACAGCCAGGGAGAUGGAAACCCCAAAGAGAGCAGUCCUUUUAUCAACAGCAGCAGCAGCAGUGAUGUUGAAAAGAGCCAGCAGUAUGAUGGCAAGAACAUGGCCCUGUUUGAGGAGGAGAUGGACACAAGUCCCAUGGUUUCCUCUCUGCUCAGCAGUCUGGCCAACUACUCUAACCUGCCACAGGGCAGCAAAGAACAUGAAGAGGCUGAGAACAAUGAGGAGGCCCGCAAGAAACCAGUACAGGCUCCUCGUAUGGGUACAGUGAUGGGUGUGUACCUGCCAUGUAUGCAGAACAUUCUGGGUGUGAUUCUGUUCCUCAGGAUGACUUGGCUGGUGGGCGUCGGUGGGGUCAUGGGCACCUUCCUUAUUGUCUUCAUGUGCUGCUCAACAACUAUGCUGACUGCCAUUUCAAUGAGUGCAAUUGCCACAAAUGGAGUUGUGCCAGCUGGUGGGUCCUACUAUAUGAUCUCACGUUCGCUGGGACCAGAGUUUGGUGGGGCAGUGGGGAUCUGUUUCUACCUGGGCACCACCUUCGCUGGAGCUAUGUACAUCCUGGGCUGCAUUGAGAUCUUACUGGUCUAUAUAGUACCACAGGCUGCUAUAUUUCAGAUUGAGGGUCUGGAGGGACCAGAGGCUGAAGCAGGAAUGCUCAACAACAUGCGUGUGUACGGCACCAUCGUGCUGUCUCUCAUGGCUCUGGUCGUCUUUGUCGGCGUCAAGUAUGUCAACAAGCUAGCCCUGGUCUUCCUCGCCUGUGUCAUCCUCUCCAUCUUGGCUGUGUAUGCCGGAGUUAUCAAGUCCGCUUUCGACCCACCAGACUUUCCGAUCUGUAUGCUGGGAAACCGAACCCUAAUGUCCAAGGGCUUAGAUAUCUGCGCAAAGACCAUAGAGCGAGGCAACAGCACAGUCACCACUAAGCUCUGGAGAUUCUUUUGCGACUCAGAAUUCCUCAACGCCACCUGUGACGAAUACUUCACCAAUAACAACGUCACACAGGUCCAGGGCAUCCCCGGAGUGACCAGUGGAAUCCUUGCAGAGAAUCUUUUUAGCUUCUUCAUGGAGAAGAAUGAAGUAUUGGAGAAGAGAGGAAUACCAGCUGUGGUUGACCCUGACGUUCCAACAACCAACGCUAACCGCUAUGUACUGGCUGACAUCACCAGCUUCUUCACCCUACUGGUGGGCAUCUACUUCCCUUCUGUCACAGGUAUUAUGGCUGGCUCAAACCGGUCUGGCGACCUGCAGGACGCACAGAAGUCCAUCCCAAUCGGCACAAUCCUGGCCAUCUCCACCACCUCCACAAUAUACAUGUCCUGUGUGAUUCUGUUCGGGGCCUGUGUUGAGGGAGUGGUCUUGAGAGACAAGUUUGGUGAAGGCGUGAAUGGUAACCUGGUCAUUGGAACCUUAGCAUGGCCCUCCCCUUGGGUUAUUGUGUUUGGUUCCUUCUUUUCCACCUGUGGGGCGGGGCUUCAGAGCUUGACCGGAGCACCUCGCCUCUUACAGGCCAUUGCUCGGGACGGGAUCAUCCCCUUCCUCAGGGUGUUUGGUCAUGGGAAGGCUAAUGGUGAGCCCACAUGGGCUCUGCUCCUGACAGCCAGCAUCUGCGAGAUUGGCAUCAUUAUUGCCUCUCUGGACGCUGUAGCGCCCAUUCUCUCCAUGUUCUUCUUGAUGUGCUACAUGUUUGUGAAUCUGGCCUGCGCUCUGCAGACUCUCCUCAGGACCCCGAACUGGAGGCCACGCUUCAAAUUCUACCAUUGGGCUCUAUCCUUCCUGGGCAUGAGCUUGUGUCUCUCUCUGAUGUUCAUCUGCUCCUGGUAUUAUGCCAUCGUGGCUAUGGGCAUCGCUGGCUGCAUCUACAAAUACAUAGAGUUCUGCGGGGCCGAGAAAGAGUGGGGUGAUGGGAUACGUGGGAUUUCUCUCAGCGCUGCCCGUUAUGCUCUGAUGAGGCUGGAGGAAGGACCCCCACACACAAAGAACUGGAGGCCUCAGAUCUUGGUGUUGGUGGGUUUGGAUGGAGAGCAGAAUGUGGAGCAACCACGCUUGCUGUCAUUGACCAAUCAGCUGAAGGCGGGCAAGGGCUUGACCAUUGUGGGCGCUUGUGUAGAGGGCACCUAUCUCAAUAACCACCCACAGGCACAGAAAGCAGAUCAGUCCCUGAGGAAGCUGAUGGAGACAGAGCGGGUGAAGGGUUUCUCUCAGGUGGUUAUCUCCUCUAACCUGCGUGAUGCCACGUCUCACUUGAUCCAGGCUGGUGGGCUCGGAGGCUUACGCCAUAACGCUGUGCUUGUCAGCUUUCCCAAAAACUGGAAACAGGCGGUGGACAACCAGCGCCUGAGGAACUUCAUCGAGGUCGUCAGGGAGACCACAGCAGCUCACUUGGCUCUGAUAGUACCCAAGAAUAUCUCUGCGUAUCCCUCCAAUGGUGAACGCUUCACUGAAGGCCACAUCGAUGUCUGGUGGAUCGUGCAUGAUGGAGGCAUGCUGAUGCUCCUGCCCUUCCUGCUGCGCCAGCACAAGGUGUGGAGGAAGUGUAAGAUGCGCAUCUUCACUGUGGCUCAGAUGGAUGAUAACAGCAUUCAAAUGAAGAAGGACCUGUUGACCUUCCUCUACCACCUGCGCCUGGAUGCUGAAGUCGAGGUGGUGGAAAUGCAUGACAGUGAUAUCUCAGCCUACACCUAUGAGAAGACGCUGGUUAUGGAGCAAAGGUCUCAGAUCCUCAAAGAGAUGCACCUGACUAAGAACGAACGGGAGAGAGAGAUUCAAAGCAUCACAGACGUGUCCCGUGGUUCCAUCCGCCGAAAGAACCCAUCUAACCUGCAUCCCCAGAAAAGCAUAACCGAGGAACCAGCAGGGGGCAGCAUGGAGGAGAAAGCAGAAGAAGAGGUGCAGCUCAUCCAGGGUAAGAAUGCCACGCCUACCCCCACAAGCCCCACCUCCCCGGCUUCACUAAGCGUGGGGGCAGUGACCCCUGGAGAGGAGGUGCAGAUGACCUGGAGCGACGAUAUAGAUAAGGGAAAGAAUCCAGCUGUGGCUAACCCAGAGACUGUCAGAGAUAUGUUCAAUAUGAAACCGGAAUGGGAAAACCUGAACCAGUCAAAUGUGAGACGCAUGCACCACGCGCAGAAGCUGAAUGAAGUCAUUGUGAAAAAGUCACAAGAAGCAAAGUUGGUCCUACUAAACAUGCCUGGACCUCCCAAAAACCGCACAGGCGAGGAGAACUACAUGGAGUUCCUGGAGGUGCUGACUGAGGGGCUCAAUCGGGUCCUCCUCGUGCGCGGUGGAGGACGUGAGGUUAUCACCAUCUACUCUUGAAGGGCAAAGUUCACCAAAUCUUUCUCAUCCCAUUUUCCUACUGCAUAGACUGAACACCCCAGCGUCCACAGACUCCACCAUGAGCAAUAUAGCCCCAGCACAUAUCAGAUGACUUUGCACUACAUAAUUAUAGACCUCCUUAUUACACCAGCUUAGUAGUCAUUCUAACUUGACACUCCGUAUUUGUUACUUGUUUAUCCUCAUCUAGAUCAACCAACAACUUCAGCCAUGUUCAGUGGUUUAUGAUAGCGUGGUUGGGUAGUUAGUACUCGGUAGAUGUUUGCUACUACCUUCUCUACUUUCUGAGGACUGAUAUUCCAAAGACAAAUGCAAGCCCGACUACUCCUGUAAUUAGUUAGACCCAACCAAAUACCAUGAACCGAUACUGUACUGAGAAAAAAAACUAACAAUUUUUUAUGCUUUGUGUAUAGCAAACAGCAUCCGGGUACAAUUUAAUGUACAGACUUAAUUUAGCUACAGUAAUUCAAAUCAAAGGUUUAGUUAAAUACAGUAAUUCAAAAGACCAGUUGAGGGUUAAAAACGUCUUCCAGUGUUUUGUUAAAUGGUUUGUGAAGCACUUUGAAUUUAAAUUCCCAGGGUAUGUGUGCGUGCUUGACCUAACUACUCAGAAAACCUUUUAGAACAGACCCCUGUGGCUGUCCAUACAUUGCCAAUAACCAUUACAUAUUACCGCUCUGUCAAGUUGAUAAGGAACUAUGUAGGAUUUGUGUGAAAGCAAUGGAGGCAGAAUGUGUGCGUGUGUCUGUUGCUCGUGGUAUUUGUCAUUGUUUCUGCGUACCGCUUCUUGGGAGCUGGUUCCACAAGAGUGGCAGUCCAGUUGAAAUGAUAAGGUUAGAAUUUCACAGAUUAAAGAUGAUAGCAAAUUAUAUGCAUCAGCACACUGAGAUAUGUACAUACUGUAGUAUAAAUACAUCAAAUAUUAUUGCUAAAAGUACUGAGACCACUGUAUAAAUGAAAAUUAUAUAAAAAAGAUAUAGAGCAAAUUCAAAAUGUCAUAAAGCAAAGUAUCUAUUCUAAGUUUAACAGUAUUUAUAUUUCAAAUAUUUACCUACAGAAAGAAUUUCUGAAUCAUCAGCAUUUUUGAAUGACUAACAUCAUAUCAGCACCUCUUGCCAAAUACUGAAAUGUGAUUUGUGCCAUAUGGACAGAAAAAUUUGAUAGGACCUUUCUCUUUAAAUCUACGCUUUACUAUACUUUAAAUAGGUGAAGGAGACAGGGUGUUUGCUUAGCCCAUGUGGGACACUGCACAGAAACUGUAUCAUGUUUGAUUUACAAAGUUGAAAAGCCAGUUUUAUUCUCAUAAUGUGCUAACAGGAUCACGUGCCCUGCCCUUCACUCAUUUUAUGUUGUCACAAAACUUGCCACACUGUCUACAGUAUACAGCGAUUUCUCACACUUUUCUCUAUUCUUAUAAGGAUUGUCUUAUAUUGCUAAAAGAUUCUAUGUGGAAGCAUCAUCUGUAAGAGAACCACAGACUGCUUAAAUACUGCAGAACAUUGAUAUAUGUUUACUUAAAGUAGAAGUAGAUAUAAGCAAAAGUACAUUUAUCCAAAAUAUAAUCUUAUUUUUUGUAUAAAUACAACCAAGAAAAUAUGUUUACUGAAUAGACUAGUGAAAAAAAUCUCUCUCUCUACGUAUAUAUAUGAAUAUAAAUAUAUAUUUGUUGUCUUGUGCAUAAUUGUGCGAGUGAAGGACAAACUAGUGCUACGUUUUCAAAUGAAAUCCAAUUGCAUUGAGGAUGCUGCUACUGUCAUUGUGUAAAUAUAUCACAACAGAAAUGAAAGAAAAACACACUGUAACUAUGAUUUGAGCAGUAAGCGGGUUGACAUGAAGAGCACUAUGUAUUACCAGGCUUAUGCUUAGUCUAGCAUAUGCAAUGCAGUCUCGAUUGAAGGUGCCAGUGUAUGGCUAGGCUUAACUUGUCUUAUAAAUCACCCAAUCACAGGGUUUUGGGCACUUUGAGUCAGAGUAAAAAGCUGAUUUGUUAGGUCUAUAGUUUACCACACUAUUCUAUUGUAUGUCAAAGGUUUGCACUUUAAUCAUGUGUUUGAAAGAAGGCCAAAUGAGAGGCAGUUUAUAACUGACCUUAGGCAAACAGCAAGGAAGUCAUUCCACUACUUUUCUAACAGUUUUGCUUGUCGCAUUAACAAUCGGUGAAUUUGUUGGUGAAAAUACUUUUAUCCAUGAUUUUUAACCAGCAUAGCUAAGUGCGUAUAGCAAAAAUACUACCUGUCAUAAUAGUCAUUCAAGUUACAGUGAAGAAAACUGUGAGAAAACUUGGAAAGUGUUGGGGAAUCAUUUCAUGUGUAAUCUGUAUGCACCUCCCAGUUUUAUGUUAUUUAUUUUGUUUUUAUUUAUUUAUUUAGUGGCAUUUAGCACUGGUGCAUUUACCUUUUCUUUUUUUCUUAUUUAUUUAUUACAUUUAAAGUAGCUUCCUUUUAGUUCAUCCAAUAGUUGCUACCUAAUUUACAGAGCUAGCCUGGGGCUGUUGAAUUAUUGUGUAGUUGCCUACCAUAAACUAUGUCUAUCUUUCAAUGAGGGGCUUUAUCUUCCUAAAUCUUUCUAUGUAUUAUCUCGAAUUUGUGUGGUACACAGCGUGCCACAUCAUACAAAACUGUUUUGGUGACUGCCAAUAUUUCUUAUGUAGUAAUGAUAUGCACUUCAUUAUGGAUCUAAAAGUAUUCUCAUCAAACCAAAACUCGAGUUUCUAGAAAAGUUCUCUUCUUAGUGAAACACAGAACAGCUGAAAUUAAUGCUACUCACACUGAUGCUAAGGGCUCUCCUAUAUCAUUUCACUACAUGUUACAUGACUAUGUUAUGCUUAGGACUUGGGAUGCGAAUUUUGCCAAAUUCUUUCGACUGACCAGUAUUAGUCUGUGAUUAAUCGUUAACCGACAAACCUAAAAUCACAGACACGACCCAUGAAACUAUGUUUAUAUGAGCAGAACUCUGGGCUUUAUUGAAAUAUUUGAAGUAACAAUCAACACACGUCCGGUUUUGAAAAUUAACAAACAUGAUAAUGUCAUUUUUCACACAUUCUGAAACUGAUGGACUGCAAAACUGCAUUAUUUUUUAAAAUCAUAGCCUGAUGGAUUUUCUGCAUUGUGUGGAUGCGUUAAAAAUCACACUGGCCAAUCAGAGGCUCUGUUGUUGUGGGUGCAGCUCAAAUAAAUGUGCAUCAAGAUGCUGGUCUGGCUUGUAGCAGAGCUCAAAAGCUUUAUUUCCCAAGCAACUGCUGACCAUAAAAAUGAAGAGGUUAAAGAAGGGCUGAGAAUGAUGUUGUGUACAUUACAGCAACUGUAUAAAUGUUUGUUUUUUUGUUUUUUUUUGUUUGUUUAUUUAAAGGUUAUUUAGGUGAAUCAUAGUUUGUCCAUGCCCACAAAGAAUGAACUCUAAUGAGCACUACUUUUUAAUGAGAAGCAACAAGCAGAAGAAGAGCUCCAAGUUAACCCCGCUGAGGUACAAAAAUGCCUUUGGAAUUGUUCGUUAUACAUGUAUGAGGUAGUGGUGGAGCUCCCCAUGUUGUCUUCUUCUCACAUUUAUGGAGUGUUUAGACAAAAAUGAUCAAACUUGGUGUGGAGGCCCCACUUCAAAAAGUGCAUCCGUUUUUUUUCGUCCGAAAAAACUGUACUUGGCAGUAGUUUUUGUUGCUUUUAAGUUUCUUGUAAUGGGACUGACUACAUAGGUUAGCUAACAAACACAUUUGCAGGCUACAUUCAAUGGACAGAAUAUGAUGUUGUUGAAGUUUCCUUUAGCACUGUGUCAUGUAGCUAAAAUUGCUAGUUGUGAUAGUACUGUAAACUGCAUUUAGGGUGGUUUAAUCUCUGCUACAUGCCAUACCGUUAAAAAUGAGUAAAGUAAGUAAUAAAGUAAGGCUAUCAAACAUAAUGCGCUAUUGUGCCCUCAUGGGUCCAAUUCAGAAGUGGUCCUUAAGUUAAUUGAAAACUCUACCUACUCAAACAUCAAUUGUUUGUUGGAAACUGUAUUAACUUUUUUACCUGAAGCACUAGUUAAACAUUAAUGUUUUUGUCGGUUAAUGGUUAAUCAAUGAAUCAUAAUUAUCCCUAGUUAUAACUGUACUUACAGGGAUGGACAGAGAUUGAAACUAUUUCUAGACUGAAGGCUAGGCUUAAUCUGUGUCCACAGAAGUGGCAUCUUUUUUAACUACCAGUGAGACAGUUCUAUAAACUGUACUGUUUCAUCUGAACAAAGCAGACCAGGGCCUAUAUUCAUGAAGCAUCUCAGCGUAGGAGCAUUUAGAUCUUUUGAUUAAGGGCAUCAUAAAUAAGAGAGCCAUCUGAUCUUAGAUCAUCACUCCUACACUAAGGCGCUUUAUCAGUACAGGCCCAGGAGUUAGCACUGUGAGGUGAUUGAAUACUAUUUCAGGCUUUUGAAUAUAGUUGCUGUUUCUGUUCAUUUCCCCACUACCCCCCACCCCCCGCCCCAUAGUUUUUUUUUUCUAAAUUUGGGAAAAUUGCGUUUUAAACACUUUUGAAUUUUACCAUUUAAUUCAUGACUCAUGCUUAUUAUGCAAUGUUGACUCGCAGCCUUCCUGCAAACGAAAGCGUUUUCUACUGGUAGUCCAACGAGGUCACUAGAAUGACCGGUUAAUUAGAUUUGUAUUUUAAUUACUUGCAGGUGUUUCCGAAGGUGCUAAUGAUAACUUAUGCAUGAUUGCUGCAGAAAAAUGCGAGCAAAUGUGAGUGUGGUUUCAAAUUACGUGUUUUAUUCAAGUAUGUCAGGGAGAGUCAUUUGAAAGGAGUUAAUUUGCUGAUAAUUACAUAGGUGUAUCGAGCCGGUGUAGAAGUAUGGAGUCUGGAUCUGGAGUCAAUAAGGCUUUUUACCAAUGCAAUAAUGAGCAGGCUAAAAAACUGUGGAUUCCUAAUUCAGGAAGGGCUAUUCAGUCAGACUUCAAAGAGUACAAGUGAAGACACAUCAGGAAUUCCAUCUGAAUAGCAUGUGGAGUUCAAACCCUUGGUUUAGAACAUUAACACUCGUCUCCAAACUAAGCAGAAGACAUUAACUUGAUCAAAGAUUAACCUGCACACUUAAAAUGAUGGUUCUUUAAGAGGUUCUUUAGUAAAAAAAAAAAGGUUUUAUAUAGAACUUUCAACACUUGCGGAAACCUUUGCAUCAUUAAAGGGUUCUUCAGAUUGAUGGAGAA